UUUACAAACGAGAAACGAGGUUGAUUUUCAGCUGACUGCUUAUCAAAUAUCAAAAAUCGCAUCGAGUUUUAUGUAAUCGACAUUUGGUGAUAUGUCUGUUGAUGAGAUAAAUCAUUCCGGAUAGAAAAUAUCUUGCAGCUUGAGUGGCAGAUCGGAUUAAGGAUAAGAGGUAAUCAGAUUGCUCCAGAUCACUAUAACGACAAUGACAAACUACACCAGAGUGUUAGUCUAUGGGACACUACUCCGAGGACAACCUAACCACUACCUCAUACAGAACAAGGACAAUGGAGAGGCCAAAUAUAUUGGGAUAGGACAACUUCAGGACCGGCGUCCCCUCGUGACAGCGACGCCAUAUAAUAUACCGUUUCUCUUGGAUGUGCCGGGCGAAGGCGAGAAUAUUACUGGUGAAAUAUUUGAUGUCGACGACAAAAUGCUCAAAGUUUUAGAUGACCUAGAAAACCAUCCAAAUUUUUACCAACGUGAAAUUAUUCCCUUCACGUUCAAGAAAGAUUCACAAGAUAAACCAACAGAGGACAGCACUGGCAGUGCCUGGGUGUAUCUCAUGAAAGAGUUCAACAAAAAGAUGCUGCAACUGCCAUUCUUGAAGUCAUACGAUUCCAAUGAUCAUUUACGAUCUUAUAAGAAAAGCGAGGAGGAUCUAGAAGAUUUAAGUGUUCUCCAUGAAUUAAUUGAGAAAGAAGUCGAUAGCAUGUGAACAAGCUAAGAAAAGCCAGCAGGGAGGAGCCGUGAAGAACAUGCAAAAUACUUGAACGACUUCGUCAAAGGGAACAACUGCGAUGAAAAUUAGAAAAUCAUUCUCAGGAAAAUUCUUCACUAAAGCGUGGAAUAAAAAUUAGAAAAACAUUCUCAGGAAAAUUCUUCACUAAAGCGUGGAAUAAAAAUUAGAAAAACAUUCUCAGGAAAAUUCUUCACUAAAGCGUGGAAUAAUUGUGAAUAUACCGAUCGAUGAGAAUUACUGUAAGACGGGGCGACAUCAUCCAGAGAUCAAGAGGCGGAGGUAUAUUUAAAACCACUGAUUACGUCAGGAUGGGGUGACAUGAGCCCAAAGUGUUAUUUCAACCGAUAUCAGUUUGCGGAUACAACUACUCUCCCACUAUUGGAUAAAACCUGUUCAAGUCUGUGAAAGGUACCAGCUUCAAUUUAUAGAUAGCAGCACUUGAGAUACAGCUCAUCAAGGCAGGAUGGCAAACCAAUGGUAAUAUUCACAGCAUGAAACUAUCAGUUGUUAAAAAAUAUUGGUAACUUGAGCAUGAUUUGUUAGAGACUGUGGCAAAAGGCUUCACCUAUUAGCGUAAGUAAUAAUCCAGUUAAAAACCUAUCAGUAAAUUCAAUUUUGCUACAUUUUGCCACAAACUUUGGCUACAUGUACAGUCCUUUAGAUACAAGCCAGUCCGAGUUGAAUGAGGCUGCCUCAACCUGACUUGUUUCAUAGGAAAUUUCACUGCAAAUCAAUCUUCUAUCCUGGGCAUGGCUUAUCAUAUUAGUCCUGGCCAUGCUUUCUGCAGCAUGAAUCCAUGGAGUACAUGUAUUACUGAGCACGAAGUGACCCUUAUCAAUGACUCUAAACCUCUGCUGUAGUUGUCCUAUACAUGUCUUCUGAAAUUGUACAAGAGCUUCCUGGCACAGAGAUUGGCAGCUGAUCUCGAUGCACUGAUCUCGAAGCACUGAUCUCAAAGUAAUGUCGGUCCCCUCAGUCUGAAAUUAGCUCCUGUGAUUUGGUCAGAGGCAACAUUUGAAUAGUUCAUUGGAUGUAUUAUUACUGGUCACAACCAGUCAGGCUUUUCCUUACCGCCUUCUCCCCCAAAAGUGUCGCAAAGAAUGAAAUAUUAAAAUUUUAAAUCCUAA